UCUCUUCCGCCAACUAUUCACUCGUCGGCGAUGUCGAAGAAUCGCGUUCUCAAUAAUUUGGCUUAAAAGGGUUUUGUAUUGCGAUGUUGCGAAUCUCUCUCUAACACAUAAGACACAUAACAAUGUCGUUCUCACUCUCACUCUCAAGGUUAGCUUUACUUCGUUCUAAUAAUAAUAUCACAACUUCCGCUUUCCUUCAUUCCUUCUCAUCUAAAUCUCGAUUCACUCACAAUGAUGUUAAUAAUAAUGUUGAUAAUGCUGUUUCUUCAUUCCAUAGCAUGCUUCGUAUGAAUCCAACCCCAUCCAUUGUACAAUUUGCCAAGAUUUUAACUUAUCUUGUUAAGAUGAAACAUUAUCCCACUGCUAUUUCCCUUUCUAACCAAUUACAAUUCAAUGGAAUUAUGCCUGAUAUUGUUACUUUCAGUAUAUUGAUCAAUUGUUACUGCCACGUCGGUCAUAUGACUUUUGCCUUUUCUCUAUUGGCUAAGAUUCUCAAGUUGGGUUAUCAGCCCAAUGUCAUAACUUUAACGACUCUUAUCAAAGGUUUGUGUUUUAACGGUAAGGUGAAGGAAGCACUGCAUUUUCACGACCAUGUGGUUGCACAUGGAUUUCACCUCAACCAAGUUAGCUACGGGACCUUGAUCAAUGGACUGUGUAAAAAUGGAGAAACAAGGGCUGCCUUGCAAGUUCUAAGACGAAUCGAAGGGAAAUUGGUCAAGCCUGAUGCAGUAAUGUACAACACAAUUAUUGAUAGUUUGUGUAAAGAUAAGCUUUUAAUAGAUGCUAAGGAUUUAUAUUCUGAAAUGAUUGUAAAGGGCAUUUCUCCUGAUGUUAUUACUUACACUUCUCUGAUAUAUGGAUUUUGCAUAGUUGGUCAAUUAAAAGAAGCAAUUGGACUUUUAAAUGAAAUGUUUGUAUUCAGAAAACUCAAUGGAGAUGUUUAUAUCUUUAGUAUAUUGCUCGAUGCUUUAUGCAAGGAAGGAAAUGUCAAAGAAGCUAAAAAUGUGUUAGCUGUUAUGGUGAAACAAGGUAUCAAACCAAAUGUUGUUACUUAUACUUCAUUACUAGAUGGGUAUUGCCUAGUUAAUGAAGUCAACAAGGCCAAAGUUAUAUUCAACACUAUGGUUCAAAGAGGAGUGAUUCCUAAUGUUUGUUGCUAUAAUGUCAUGAUUAAUGGGUUGUGUAAGAUUAAAAUGAUGGAUGAAGCCAUGAACCUCUUAAAAGAAAUGCAAAACAAGAAGCUUAUUCCUGAUGCAGUAACCUACAAUUCUCUUAUUGAUGGUUUGUGCAAAUCAGGGAGAAUCUCUCAUGCUUGGGAGCUUCUUGAUGAGAUGCAAGAUAGGGGUCAACCUGCCAAUGUGAUCACUUACAGUUCUUUAUUACAUGCUUUAUGUAAAAACCAUCAUGUUGAUAAGGCAAUUGCAUUGGUCAAGAAAAUUAAAGACAAAGGCAUUCAACCAGAUAUGUACACAUACAAUAUACUCAUGGAUGGACUUUGCAAACAAGGUAGAUUUCUGGACGCACAAGUGAUUUUUCAUGAUCUUUUGAUUAAAGGCUACAAUGUUACAGUCCGCACAUAUAAUAUUAUGAUCCAUGGUCUUUGUUCUGAGGGCUUGUUUGAUGAUGCUGAGUCCCUACUGUUAAAAAUGGAAGACAAUGGCUGUGUUCCUAAUGCUAUAACUUAUGAAAUAAUUAUCCGUGCUCUCUUUGAAAAUGAUGAGAAUGAUAAGGCAUUGAAACUUUUACAUGAAAUGAUUGGCAGUGGUCUAAUGUAAGAGGAGAACCAGUUUGAGUAAAAGUUUCAAUUGGUUCUAAUGCAGGAAUGGAUAUACACGAGCUCAGUAUUUUGAGGAUAUGAUACUUCUCAGUCCUCACUCAGCUUAAGGAUUCUUGGUUAGCAUCAGCAAAGUCUUUUUUUAAUCAACUUGUUGUUUUUCCUGUUCUACUAUUGUUUCAAUUAGUCCAAUUUCCGUUGUAAAUUUAUACUUGUUGAACAUCUGCUGUUCUUUCAAUUUUCCCCAUAUUUUGCUUGUUUAUUCUUCAUUGAAACGACCAAGCUGUGCAAAUCAUAUUCCAUCGUCUCCCAGUCAAAUGUACUAGUUAUCUCACGAGUCAUCAAUGCUAAACAUGUAAGUACUUGCUUUCAUAUAUUGAUUUGACACUUUAUGUAUUUGUAUCUUUCUCUUUUGGAUGAGCUCUUCCUUUUCUUUUACGUUUUGAGGGAUUUAUAUCAUUACUUUUUUGCCACUUCAGAACAUAAAUAAUAAUUUUGGAAGCUUCGGGGUAUAUAAAGAAUAAACACUAGGUUAACCUUUCGGCUAGCUUUACGUCUUUCAACUAUUUAAUGUAUGUAAAAUAUGUUUUACAAUUAUUUCAAUGUAACACAUUGGAUUCUAUUGUGUUGCAUUCUGUCGUGUUCACAUGAUUGUUGAUGUUUCUACAGCUGCACGGAUUAUUUCUCGUAAAUUCUGUUAUAUUCAGUAACUAAUUGUUUUCAAUUACAUUAGUUGCUAGUUACUUUAGUGAUGCAACUAAUAACACAACACUAGUUCUCUGUAUCUAAACCUCAGAACAUUAAAUUUAUAAAUUGCAAUUCAAAUUAUACUUGCUUCUCUCAUUUCUAUCUACUCAAUUAAUUUGGCCAUCUCCUUACCACCACACUCUGAACCAUCACCUUCUGGUGGACAUCAAUACUUAAUCCACCAGCAUGAUCCUAAUGCUGGCUGUGUAGUUAGACCCGCUUCUUCUCUUAGACGGAAACACAUAAGCCGGGUAGCAAAUACGGUUGGCAUGAUGAUAUGUUGAUUGGUGCACAUUUGUCUUUUAAUAGACUUGGUGUAUGUUCGAAAUCACAACAGGAGACUUACGACCGCAUGACAAUUAUGUAAUUAAUAUGAUUUAUUUAUUUUGUUGGUAGUUAUAUUUACAAAAGAAAAGGUGGACUACUCAAUGGCCUCACGAUAACUUUGAUAUUAAUCACAAUACAUGUGUUGCUGUUAUGAUCAUUUCGAUAUUAUAAUGACAUUAAUGGUUGAUUCUUUUUGGCACACUAAUCCUUUAUCUUUGCAAUGUACUGUCAACCAGCUUCAUGGUUGUUGUCAGAAUGUAUCCAACUCGAGUAUCAUAAGCAGUGGUGGUGAAGUUAAAGCGUGUUGGUCUGUUGUUAAGCUUCAGAGCUAUCAGUGUGAGUAGGUAGUUUUCUCGUCCUUACUGUCGUAGUGGCAGACUAUCUAUGCAGGAAAAACAGAUUAUAAAGGUGUUUUAUCAUAGAGGAAAGUUUUGAGUGUUGGUGCUGAAUUUCAUCGAGUGGCAGUAGCAGCAAGGGUAAGUAGAGGCUUUUCGAAGGCAAGAUGUGAAGGUAUUGUGGGAGUCAACUUGGAUAGUGGGUUUUGAAACUUAGUAAUUCCACAAGUGUUGGUACAUUGAUAGAUUGGUUGAUGAAUUUUUAGUUUUGGAUUUUGCAAGAGUGCAUUUGGCUCCAGCCUGUUAUGCUGAGAUAGAUUGUUCUCUGUAUUGCAUUUGUAUUACAUUGAUGUCAUUUAAGAUUUACAGUCUUGUCGUUAUAUUAUAGUUAGGAUUUAAUGGAUGUGUGUUGACAGUGUAAUGUUUAAUGAUUUUUCACACUCUUAAUCUAAGCUCGUUACUUUUCUUUAUAAACCUUUAUAGGUAGGAAAGGUUUUGGAAAGCAUUGUGUCUGAAAUGUAUUAGUUAGUUGAGUUUGCAUAGGGUAGAUGUACCUUGAAAUUAAAAAGGUAAGUGUGGGAGCUGGCAAAUUCAGUUGAGAGAAUUGAGUUCAACAUUGUGUCUGUUCUAAGGCGUGUCGCUUAGAAAUUGGGUCAAAGACUAUAUAAAAAAGUUGAAAAUAGAAAUGAAUUUCAUUUAAGAGUCUUCACAAUGUGUCAGUUAGAAGAGGAGGAUACUACUAAUUUGUUCAUUGAAUGUCAGUUAGAAUUCUCAUCAGUUUUGCAUAAUUUUUUCUUGUAUGUUUUUUUGGACUGCCUUGCUGCAAAGCAGAAAGUAGGAACGUUUGACAGGUUUUGGUAAUAUGAACAGUCUGGCUGUCUAGAAAUUAGAUGCAAUUUGUAGAGAAAAAAAAAAUAAUAUUAAACUUGCAUCCAAAUUGGAAACGGCAUGGAUACGGGCUAUCAAUCUAAUAUGAGUUUUGAAUGGGGUUUGUCAUGUUCCCACUCACCCUGCAGGGUUCUUGGGAUAUCAAUCUAAUUAUAGGUCAAUUAUGAUAAUUAACAGAGGUGAUGAUAACUUCUGACAGAUGGACCAGCUUGUUUUCAAAGGACAUAUGGAAGGAGAAUAUAAGCUAGCAUGAUUUGAUGUUACUACUUAUGGUUGUUGGUUGUGCUAUAGUUUGUUUAUGCCUUGCCUUUCUUGUCGUAUUUGUGAUCUUUGGCUGGUGUUUGUCAUCCGUGAUACAGUUCAAGAAACAUUGGUAUGUGAUACGUUGUCCUGUGUUAGACUUGUAUAGAUUGGUGUUGUUGAGUUUGGUACAAGUUUUUGUGUCACUGUCAUGGGUCUGUUACAAUUU